AUGUCGGAUGAAAGAAUAAAUGAUACUGAUGAAGAAAUGCAUACUGGGGAAGAAGAAUCUUACGGGUUAGAUGAAACUGAAUCGUCUGAAGCCAGGAUACCAGCUAGAGCUUAUGUGGUCAAAACUCGUGAAGAAGGCGAUGCCCACGAUGUGGUAACAGGUAUAUUUUUAUUGUAUUCUGAGCCUGUUUAUGCGUUAAUUGAUCCUGGAUCUUCACAUUCUUACAUUAAUUCGAAUUUAGUUGAGUUGAGAAAAUUAAAAUCCGAAAUGUCUAGAGUGUCUAUUGAGGUGUCGAGUCCGUUGGGGCAAACAGUGUUAGUGAAUCAGGUCUGUCUAAGAUGCCCGUUGAUUAUACAGAAUAAAACUUUUCUGGUUAACUUGUUAAUUAUGCCAUUUGGGGACUUUGAUAUAAUUUUGGGCAUGGAUUGGUUAUCCGAAUAUAGAGUGAUUUUGGAUCGUUACAAAAAGAGGUUCAGUAUUCAGACAGAGGAUGUGGAUAGAGUUGAAGUAAGUGGCAUCCGUACCAGUGGUCCGACACGCAUCAUUUCGGUAAUGAAAGCUAAUAAAUUGCUUCAGCAGGGUUGUUCAGCAUAUUUGGCAUAUGUUAUUAAUUCUGAUUCAGUUGGAAGUUAG